UGCGUAACGAUAUUGAUGACUUGUCUAACAUUCAUUGGAAUUAUUGUAUCCUUGAUGAAGGACAUGUAAUUAAAAAUGGAAAAACAAAGAUAACUAAAGCCGUUAAGACGGUGAAAGCAAAUCACCGACUAAUAUUAUCCGGAACUCCCAUUCAGAAUAAUGUUUUAGAACUAUGGUCACUCUUUGAUUUCUUAAUGCCCGGAUUUUUGGGAACAGAAAAACAAUUCAAUGAAAGAUUUGGAAAACCCAUAUUAGCAAGUAGAGAUAGUAAGAGCUCAUCUAAAGAACAAGAAGCUG